ACCUACAGCCGAUCCCCGCCUAUAAUUUCCUUAUCUCCAAAAACGGAUGAAUUCCCCACACUUCACUCCUAAAACGAGCAUGGCCAUUCUCUUCCUCUUCCUUCGCCAACAAUCACGACUUCCUACUAAAAUGGGUGUGUAGUUUGGCUAUGGCUGCUGAUCUCUUCUUCGCCUCUCUCGAAGCUUGCUCCUUGAGCUUCCCCUGCUGCAACCAACCACUCUUCUGGCCCUUCCGCCUCCCUCCAUUGCCUUUUCACACGCUUCGCCUCUCCGCUGCCAAGCCUAAACUCGGUCACCUGUUCGUUUCCAGAUGCUCGAAUUCCUAUUCGGAUUCCGUUCCUGGAGAUUUCGAUAUCCUUUCCGUAACCGAGUGCUCUGAUGGCAGCAUCAUCUUCCGGUUCGGAAAUGCGAGCGAAAUGGCAAUAAAUAAAGCGGAACAAUCUCAAUCAACCAAUGAAAGUGGUGGGAAAGAUUUGGACAAACAAGUCAUGAGCAGUAGUAAUGUAGUUGAUGUUUCUGAUGGAGAGCCUGAAGUAGGAGAGUCUGUCAGCAAGAAAGUUGGUCGUAACUUAAAAGUUAAAUCUCAACCAAAGAAAAAACCAAGACGUAAUACAGCCAGAGUAGUUGAAGUUGUUAAAGAGAAAGCUGCCUCUGUUAUCGGUAAUGACACAGAGAUUGAGAAAAGUUCGGUUGAUUCUUCCAAGCAUAUACAUCCAAAAGAGGGUUCUAUUGAGCUUGAUAAUGUUGCAAAAGUAGAAAAUAGUAGUGUCCCUGAGGGAAUUGGUGAGAGUAUUAGUAAAACUGAGGGUACUACUUUGAAUACGGUGUCAAACAUGGAUGUAGUUCCUGUUGUAGAAAAGGUUUCUCUCCCAUUGGCAGCAUCUGCUGUUGAAAGUGAAAUUACUACUCAAUUAGCUCCUUCAGAGUCCGAUUCUAAAAUUGAAGUGCCUCAUGGUGUUAAGUUCCAGGAAGAAAAUACUGAUGCUUUUGAGGAAAAUGGUGAGAAUGUUGUUAAAAUUGAGGGCACUACCUUGAAUAUGGUGUCGAAGAUGGAUUUAGCUCCUGAUGUAGAAAAGGUUUCUCCUCCAAGGGCAGCUUCUGCUGUUGAAAGUGAAAUUACUACUCAAUUAUAUUCUUCAGAGUCCAGUUCUAAAAUUGAAGUUCCCCAUGGUAUUAAGUUCCAGGAAGAAAAUAGUGGUGCUUCUGAGGGAAAUGGUGAGAAUGUUAAUAAAAUCGAGGGCACUACUUUGAAUAUGGUGUCAAAGAUGGAUCUAGUUCCUGAUGUAGAAAAUGUUUCUCCUCCAUUGGCAGCUUCUGCUGUUGAAAGUGAAAUUACUACUCAAUUAGCUUCUUCAGAGUCCAGUUCUACAAUUGAAGUGCCCCAUGGUCUUAAGUCCCAUGAAGAAAAUAGUGGUGCUUCUGAGGGAAAUGGUGAGAAUGUUGGUAAAUUUGAGGGUACUUCUUUGAAUAUGGUGUCAAAGAUGGAUUUAGUUCCUGACGUAGAAAAGGUUUCUCCUCCAUUGGCAGCUUCUGCUGUCGAAAGUGCAAUUACAUCUCAAUUAGCUUCUUUGGAGUCCGCUUCUGAAAGUGAAGUGCCUCACGGUGUUAAGUUCCAGGAAGAAAAUGCUGGUACUCCUAACGGAAAUCUUGAAAGUACUGUUAAGAUUGGGGGUACUACUUUGAAUACAGAGUCAAAGAUGGAUUUAGCAAUGAAAGAGGUUUGUGCUGAAGUGGCAGCUUCUGAAAAUAAUAUUGAAAGUGAAGCUACAACUCAAUCUACUUCUUUAGGGACCUGCUCCAAAAUGGAUGUACCUCACAGUUUUAAGUUCCAGGAAAGUGGCAAGGAUGAUGCUGGUGAAAGAGUUGCAAAUCUACCUAUGCCUUCCAUAGAACAUAGUGAGGAACAUAACAUGAAUGCAUCAAAAAAGUUAGUGAUGGUAGAUGGUGAAGAUAAGCUAAACUCCACUUUGUCUGAGGUUGAGUCAAUUCUCAAUGAGACAACAGUCCAUAAGACAGUGGAAGAAUCUGUUGAUAACGACAUAAUUAAGAGCUCAAAAAUGUCAGAUGAGGGUGUACCUUUAUCAAGUUUCAAAGAAGAGAUAACUGAAGGUGGCGCAAGAAGUGGUAAUGAAGUCAGGGUGCCAAUGCUUAAAGGAGUAGAAAUACAGUCAGGUGGCACAAUUUUGGAAAGGGAGGAAAUUGCAACAGCAGGAUUUUUCUUAUUCUCUGGUGCUGCUCUAUCGCCAAAUCCCACUAAGGCCUUCGCAGGUGGAGAGGAUGCUUAUUUUAUAGCUUGCCAGAAAUGGCUUGGUGUUGCUGAUGGAGUUGGUCAGUGGUCAUUUGAAGGGAUUAGUGUUGGAUUACAUGCAAAAGAACUUAUGGAAAACUGUGAAAAAAUCGUGUCUGAUAGAAAUGGAGUUCCAAUAACUGACCCAGUAGAGGUCCUUAACAGAGGUGCUGCAAAUACUCAAUCUUGUGGUUCAUCUACCGCUUUGGUUGCUUACUUUGAUGAUCAGGCUCUCCAUGUGGCCUAUAUUGGUGAUUCAGGCUUUAUAAUUAUAAGAAACGGCGCUGUAUUUAAGAGGUCUUCUCCGAUGGUUUAUGAGUUCAAUUUUCCCUUACAGAUUAAAAGAGGAGACAAUCCCUCUGACUUUGUGGAGGUUUACAGAAUUGAUUUGAAUGAAGGUGAUGUAAUUGUCACUGCAACUGAUGGACUUUUUGAUAAUUUAUUUGAGCAAGAUAUAACUUCAAUUGUCGUCAAAUCAUUGCAAGAGAGUUUGAGGCCUCAGGAAAUAGCAAAACUCUUGGCAACCAGAGCGCAAGAGCUUGGUCAGCUAUCAUCUGUUAGGAGUCCAUUUGCAGAUGAAGCUCAGGCAGCUGGAUAUGUGGGAUAUAGGGGUGGCAAGCUAGAUGACGUGACUGUUAUUGUGUCAUUGGUGAAAAGGCGAUUCAGCAACCAUGUACAUUGCUUUCUUGUCGAAGGAGCUAAGAUAGCCAUUCCUACGGGGCAUGGACCGGUCUGAAUUAAUGUCGUUACUAGCUGUUUGCUAACACAAUUAUUGAACUUUGGUGCCGCUGCACUAAAGGGGUUGAGCACAACUCCUGUUACCCUGGCACCUUCAACCAGUGCAUCGUAACCAUUGAAAUACAGGCAUAUGGCGACUAACUGCAUCUCUAGAACCGAAAGGCAGAUAUUUUAAGCUGAUAGCACAGGUUUGUAUUUAAGCAAGUUGGAUAGAGCUUGCUGCGCGGCCAAUCACAUUGGAAAAUAAGUUGUUUAUCAGAAGUGAUGUAAGAUACUUAUCGGAAGCCGCAUAAAUCUUGGUCUGAGUUACUUUGCAACUUCUUACAGUUUAAUCAUAUUGGGGUCAUCCAGAAUCCUUUGAUGACCCUUUUUGCUUGCAGAAACAAUGAUGAUAUGAUCAUGAAUUCGUGGUAUAUUUCAGCAGGAAAUUUGUUCGGGUUGAAAUAGCAAACAAUAACCAGAUUCAGGGACAAAGCUGAUUUGAGCUAUUUUCCCUUUAGCCAAAUUGAGAACACAUAUCAUUAGAGUUCUUAGACUAUUCAAUUAUUUUUGUACUUAAUCGAAGAACCUAUUUUCCUUCAAAGCACACAA